ACCACCACCGCUACCACCAAAAAAUGGGGAAAGGUGCUGCCUUGUCAAACGAAGUAGUGAAGAAGAUCAUUCUUUCUUAUACAUAUGUAGCACUCUGGAUCUUCCUCUCCUUCACUGUCAUUGUUUACAGCAAAUACAUUCUUGACCGCAAGCUCUAUGGAUGGCCCUUUCCCAUCUCUCUAACAAUGAUCCACAUGACCUUUUGUUCAUCUUUAGCUUUCCUCCUUGUUCGUGUUUUCAAAGUUGUUGAGCCUGUUUCCUUAUCUUGGAAUGUUUAUCUCACUUGCAUACUUCCCAUUGGUGCUGUUUACUCUGUUUCUCUUUGGCUUUCAAAUUCUGCUUACAUUUAUCUUUCUGUUUCCUUUAUACAAAUGCUCAAAGCCCUUAUGCCUGUUGCUGUUUAUACCAUCGGGAUCUUGUUUAAAAAGGACACUUUUAACAACUCCACCAUGGGUAAUAUGCUGGCAAUUUCAGUGGGUGUUGCUAUUGCUGCUUAUGGUGAAGCAAAGUAUGAUUCUUGGGGUGUUUUUCUUCAGUUGCUUGCUGUUUUGUUUGAGGCUACUAGACUUGCUAUGAAACGGAUCUUGUUGACUUCAAAGGGUAUUAUUUUGAAUCCAAUUACUUCUCUCUACUAUGUUGCUCCUAGCUGCUUGGUUUUCUUGUCAAUUCCUUGGAUUUUUCUGGAGCUUCCAAUUUUGAGACAGAGCUCGAGUUUUCAAUUUGAUUUUGCUAUUUUUGGGACUUAUUCGUUGUGUGCCUUCGCCUUGAACUUGGCUGUGUUCUUGUUGGUGGGAAAGACUUCAGUUUUGACUAUGAAUGUUGCUGGGGUUGUCAAAGAUUGGCUUCUUAUUGCAUUUUCUUGGUCAGUGAUUAAGGACACUGUGACUCCAGUGAAUCUGAUUGGGUAUGGAUUAGCUUUCUUGGGAGUUGCAUACUAUAAUCAUAAGAAGUUACAGGCGAAGAAAUCUCAGCAAGCUGAUGAGGAAGCACGGAGAUUGUUGCUUGAGAGAGACUCUAAUGGAUCAUCUGAUUCACAGGCCUAG